AUGGAGUUAAUAGUUUCCAUACAAUUAGUUACAGAUUUAUGUUUAUCCGAGCCGAGCAAGAUAUCGCCGCUGAGUCAGCAGCUCCCGGAUCGGGUUCAGGCCACCUCAGUCAGUCCAGUCGUUGCCAGCAACCGCAUCGCAUCGUCAUCGUUGCACUGAAACAGGAUCAGUCCGCGCGGGCAGAUGGUGUCAUUAAUGCAAUAACAUACCGCGCUUGGUUCCACGCUGUCUUUCGUUCGCUGAAUGACCCAGCUUGUUGUGUACUAGCUGUUUGUGCUUGUGUUGACUGGAUUGCCCAGCGAAUUCUGCCGUCAUCUCCCACCUCCACCUCGCUCCACAUAUCUCCCCCGUCCGUCUUCCAGGUGAAGCGACACGUUUCUUGUUCAUACUAAUCUCGUGUGGUUAAAUACCAUAUCUUAUACCACCAACUUCUGAUCUGGAUGUUGUUUACAUAGCCUUUCGUCAGCCGUCAAAUUCUGAUCGCAUUGUUGGCAUCUCCCCCAGCGCCUCCGGACGUUCAUCCGUACCUCCAAACUACGAGGAGUCUGAGGAGAUUGGAAACCUAGAAGCCAGGAUGUCGACAGAUACCAAGCCUAGGAAUAUAGACGGCGUAGAUGGGUUGAGCAGCGCAUCCAGCAGCGAUGUGCAGACUAUCGUUCUUCAUAUCGUAUCUCCAUCCCUUCAGAACCGGGUUACUCUGAACAACGUUCCUCUUGCAAUCAAGAUCCUAGAGUUGAAGACUCGACUGUCUGAAGCGUUACCCAACCACCCUUGCCCAGAUGUACAGAGACUCAUAUAUAGGGGAAAGCCUCUGUUGAACAAUGAAGACCAGCUAGGCAAUAUUGUCGCACCUGCAGACGGUCGGGUGCACACAAUGCAUCUUGUUCUUCCCCCUAGCCAAGUGAGAGUUACCAUUCCUCCUCCACCAAAUCUCGCCCCAGAUCUCCCGAACCCCGGCCUGCCGAACCCUCAACAGGAGCCAUCCGGCUUACGCCUUCGGACAAGCGGCACAAUCCACACUGACCCAACAGCACCGCGACCACAAGUGCAAGCACAGUUCAACUCUGCAACUGCCGCCAACCAGGUAGCUACUCUACGCCAGCAGGUCAUAGCACAACAUCAGCAUCUGGCUGCGCAAAUCGCUCAGAACGCACGGUUGCCAUCCACUAAUCGCCCCGCAGAAGCCGGACUUUCCACAGCGAUAAAUCCGGCCGGUAUCCCAAUACAGAAUAACAUUGAUUCGCCAUUAUAUGUUGAUGUCAACUCACCUUUAUAUGGUACGAGAUUUGGGUUGUCGACGCCGAAUCUACAAAGCGAGCGGAUGAGUUCGAUACCCAGUAACCAAGAUCGCAACCCAUCGGACUCACAAUCAACCUCUUCGAGGGCCACAUUGUUCGAUUCCUCUGCAACCCAACCUUUCCCCAUUCAACGCACGGCAAGCUUUCCUCCCAGUCGUCCCACUUGGCUCGGUGAGACCGGAAUGGGCGUGGGAACUUUAGGUGAAAAUCGACGAAGAAUCCCCGCAAUACUUGAACAAAUACUCGGUAUGGAAAGCCAGGUACGGCGAGGCCAGCUUCCGACCAUUGAGAGUAUUUGUCGUAUACGUAUUCAACUUUACCAAAUCCUGGAUGAACAGGAUCGCAAUCCACUUGCGCCAAGAGACAUCAUGCCUGAAAACCUUCUCGCUCGACUAUCGUCCCUUACUGCUCGGGUAGAUCAAAUAAGGCUUUUAAGAACCCGUUCCUUCACCUCUUCACCUCAAAAUUCCUUAUUUAACCCCCCACCCACUCUUCAAGAUCCCACGCAGACGUCCAUAUACUUAGUAUCUUCCCCAUCUGGCUACCAUGCAGUACUUCUUCCUCCAACUGGUGCGCCCGGACAGGGUACCAUUCAGCCGGGAACGCAGGCAUUCCAUGCUCAUAGGCCAAUCAUUCACCCGCCCAUAACAUCUAUUCCACAUGAAGCGCCACAUGCGGCACCAAAUCCUAUGAUUAUUCCACCUGCGGUGAAUCAAGCCAUCUUGCAACAGCAGGAACGACAUCGAAUAUUUUUGGGCCCAGCGAAUUUCUCUCGGAUACUAGGACGGCUUUGGCUUUUCGUUAGACUUUAUUUCUUUUGCUACAUCUUCAGCGAAGAUGGUACAUGGUUCAGGAUUAUUUUGGUUUCACUUUCAGUCCUCACAGCUCUUCUAUCAGAAACGGAUUUACUACAGCGAGCACAACGUGCGGUUAUCGACCCAUUACACAGACAUCUCGAAAAUCUGUUGCCUGUGGAUACGCACCAGCCUCGAGACGCAGGUAGAGCGCGCAGAGGUGUAGACACAAAUGUCCCUCCUGUGCAUCCGAUGCAACCCAAUAACAUCAAUGAAGGACUUCGACCCGCAGUUGGAACGCAGCAUAACGGAGCUAUGGCCAACAGUCAACCGGCAGGUGCUUAUAAUAGGCUUAGGACGGCGGAACGAGCGUUUGCUCUUCUCCUUGCAAGUCUAGUGCCGGGUGUCGGGGAGCGCCGGGUGGCGGCUAGAAAUGCGGCAGAAGCCGCGAGACAAAAUGAAUUAGCCGCUGAAAGAGAGGCAGAGGAAAACCAGGCUAGGGAGCAGGGGAAUGAGGAAGCAGAAGCUCGUGGUGACCCAUCUGGUGAGGAGUCUGAGGACGCCGCAGUCCCGGAACUAGACCCACAACCCGCUCAUCCCACAGAUGACUUGGAAGAAGAUCGUGCCAUCGAAACAUGAAAUCUAUGGGAAAGCUGCGUGAAAUGAUAUGAUCGUGUCAUCAGUAAUUUGCCUUUUAUGCUUCUCGGCGCUCCCUAACUUCUAAUUUUUCUUUUUCUUUUCUAUACCCAGCUCUCUUCACACAGCAUUUGUCAUCCAUUUUAAUUCCUAGGUGAUAUUUUGGUUUGGAUAAACUGGCCCAUAUAGUAAUCCGCACUGCUUUGUUAGAUAUGUCCUCUUUUACGGACCUGGAGCAUUUCGUUACUUUGAACAGCGAAAUACUUUUGUUAUUAUGCCUGUUUGUAUGCAUGCAUGUAUGAGUAGGUAGGAAAAUUCGUCUGUUUAUUUCCCCCCUCAAGCUUUGGAUCUUGAACACGAAAAUUGCAUUUGGCUUCCAUUAUUUAUUGAAUUCAAUUAGCCUCUUCUCCGGAACAUCACCUCACGCCCUUGCUUCAAAGUCGGUCGAAGUUGCCGUCUGCAUCUCAAAACCAUCCUAAUCCUCCUACCAUCAUCCAUAUCCAUCCGAAACACCUACCUGUCAAAAGAUAAACAGUACCACCCAGCACAAAUAGGUUAAAUAAAAUUUCAACAUCAGAACCACGGGGACAAUUAAAGGCAACAUAUAUAAAUUCUCACUUCCAACGCAGUUUACUCACAACCAUAUCUCGACACCCACCUACCCGCCGGCCCACUUACCGCUGGACCUGCUCGUCCACUUCCUCGCCUGGGAUGGGAAGCCUCGAGUGCGCGAUGUACCACUGUCUAUACGUUUCGCGCAGCAAGGCGUCAAUGGAGUUGUAUGGCUGCUGUUAUUAUCCUGUAAAAGGUCCCCGCUUAGCUGCUGAAAGACAGCAUGGCAAUAGUUUUUUAGCCACUUCUGGAACCUCUACUGGACCUUAUGUGGGAGGGAAACCGAGAGAUUUGGUCGUCAUGAGCGGACGCACAUGGCUCCUAGAAGCGUCUGUAAAUAUCCUCCGUUGACAGAAGGACUUUCUGCUUUCCGUGGAUGACUAGAAACGUAUAUACUAGCCAAGCUAGGGUUAAAACGAGUGGAAUAGCCUGUAAUUGACCCACGUCAACUAUUCUAUUCCAUGUAUUCUUGGACCUAAUCAUUCUCAGGAAUAACAGCAUUCCCAUCUGAUGUCAUCAUCCCGAGUAAACCGGCCGGCUCUCUCUGUGCGCCACGAGGCUUGUUCGAGAGAUGGCCAUCACUAAACCCUAUAUUCAGUAAAUAAGGUUUCAAGUUUUACGCUGUAUGGAAUGGGAAUAAAAGCCCGUAUGAUCAGGGCCUCUCAUCCCAGACGACUGCCAGCAUAAUCUUCAAUGGUGGAAUAAAGAAGAAAAUCCGUCAAGGCUGUUGUUCCUUUCAUUCCCACUGAAAAAUAGACGUAUAUACUUUAUUUAAUAUUCAGACGUAACUGCCAUCAGCGCAAACAAAGCUGCAACGUCAAAGGUUUGUUUGCUUGUACGCGUUUUGUGUACUCCCUAACCUACUCCGCCUGUAUGUACAGUACUCUGUACACCGAGAACAUAACCUUACCCGUGAUACAGGAAACAUACUCUCU